AGGUCUUCGAUUUCCUCCGAAUACAAAGCUUUGAUUCGGUUAAUCGCCUCAAGCGGGCACAGCCAUGGCAGGAGGUGGAAAUAAGAGAAGAUCAAAUAACAACAAGAAUAAGAAUAACGGCAGCAAUAGCAACAGCCAAAACAAAUCGAAGAGUGGCGGUGGAAAAUCUAGAGCCGACGCCAAAUCCUCGUCUACUAGAAUCAGGAACUCUCUUUUUGUGGAGGGUGGUCUUUUAUCCGAUUGGCAGUUGGAUUCUCGAGGAAGGAAUGGAAACGGGAAUCGAAAUUCUGGGUUGAAUUCUGAUAGGGCAAAGGCUUCUACUUCAAAAAAUGGAUCAGCAACGAAGUAUGGUGGAAGUGUUAUACGGUAUGAGUACCCUUCUCUCGAUCUGCAAGAUACAGAAUCAGGUGUUCUAUCCCACAAGGGAGAUAAUACAAAGGACGAGUCACAUCCUAUGGUUUUUCUUUCUAAGAAGAGCCAAAUCGUUGCUUACAUGGACCAAACCACACCUUCAAAGCCCAGUCAUGUAAAUUAUACUUAUGCGUAUGGUUCAGAUUUUGUACUAGGUGGUAGUUCUCACAAAGGGUUAGGUUUUGAUGAUGAGUCCGAGGCAACCCCUAGUGGAAUUGAGUCAUGUGCAAAGCAAAUGGAAGAAAAAGAAGGGGCAUGUUCUAAUUUAUCAUCCUCUGACAAGGAAAUUGAUGAUGCUUGUGAUAUUAAUAAGAAGGUAGAUGAUGAGGUGGCUGAAGAAUUGAUUUUUGACGAAUCAUCCCCCAAGAAAAAUUCAGGGUUUUUGUCAAUUGGAGGUGUAAAGUUAUAUACUCAAGAUAUGUCUGAUGAAGAAACUGGCGAGGACUAUGAUGGAGACUCACUGGGUGAUGAAAGCUCUUGGAGUACUGAUCAAGAGGAGCAAGAUGGAGUAUAUGAGACUGAUGCCUCUGGAGUUUCUUCAGAUGAUUCAGAUAUUGAUGAAGAGGUUGCAGAAGAUUAUUUAGAAGGAAUUGGUGGUGAGGGUAGUAUUCUGGAUACCAAGUGGUUGGUAGAUCAGGCUUUGGAUGAAUCCGAUGAUGAUAGUUCUCCUAAUACUCCUUUUAAUGAGACAUUAGAGAAGCUGGGUGGGAUUGCUCUACAAGAUGCAUCUAGGGAAUAUGGCAUGCAGAAGCAUAAACCGAGAAAUAAAUACUCUGGAGGUGCUAAAGAUGUUUGGUCGCCAGCUUUGGAUGAUGUUAUGCUGGUAAAGGAUCCAAGAACCCUAUCUGGUAAAAAGAAGCAUGCUGCCAAGUUGCCACGGUCUUGGCCUUUACAGGAACAAAAGAGCAAGAAUUCCCGAAAAUUUCCUGGGGAGAAGAAGAAACAUCGCAAGGAAAUGAUUGCUGUGAAGCGCCGUGAAAGAAUGCUUCAUCGGGGUGUUGAUAUUCAGCAAAUUAAUUCGAAAUUAGAGCAGAUUGUUUUGGAUCAGGUUGAUAUGUUUGCUUUUCAGCCAAUGCAUCCUCGGGAUUGUUCACAGGUAAGAAGAUUAGCUGCAAUUUACCAUUUGUCUAGCGUAUGUCAGGGUUCUGGAAAGAAAAGGUUUGUGACAUUAACACGCACACAAUACACUUCCAUGCCAUCUUCCAGCGACAAACUUCGCCUGGAAAAGGUAAUUGGAGCCGGUGAUGAGGAUGCUGACUUUGCUGUUAAUGAAGGGUUUGAUAUGAAGGCAUCGGAUGCAGCAGGCAGAACAAGAGCAAAGAAGACUGCUAGAGGAAGUGGCUCUAAUAAAGCCAGUUCAAGUAAAUUCGGUGGAUCAAGUGAGAAAAAAAUAAAUGGGAAAAAGGUCUCAUAUUCUAGUCAACCUGUCUCAUUUGUAUCUAGUGGCAUCAUGAUAUCGGAAACUGAUGAGGUCAGAACUACGGAUCCUGAGGGUACAUCAGAAAGUUAUGAAGAAAAGGGUAUUGUCAGAUCAGCUCAAAUUGGCGCCUUUGAGGUACAUACAAAGGGUUUUGGAUCCAAAAUGAUGGCUAAAAUGGGAUUUGUUGAAGGUGGAGGAUUGGGAAAAGAUGGUCAAGGCAUGGCACAGCCCAUUGAAGUCGUACAGCGGCCUAAAUCCCUUGGCUUGGGUGUGAAUUUCACCACCACAAGCAGUGACUCGGAGAGAGUACAUCAUUAUAAAUCCGGUGGAGCUUCUGUAACCCGUAUCAAAAGUUUUGGCGACUCAUCGAGGGGUCAGCAUAAUAACUCUUUCGGAUCUUUUGAAAAGUAUACAAAAGGUUUUGGAUCGAAGAUGAUGGCCAAGAUGGGUUUUGUCGAAGGUAUGGGGUUGGGCAAGGAUUCGCAAGGUAUCAUCAAUCCUUUGGUACCUACCAGGCUCCCAAAAUCACGAGGAUUGGGUGCUAAUCACUAGAAC